CAGCAAGGUCCUAGUAGCCGGUUCCUGAGAGCCUGCUGAUCUGAGUUAGACUGAUUUGUGUGUGGGCAGAAGCGGGUGUUGAGCUCAAACCUGAGUCAGAGCCUGGACUUAGUGUGCAGUGUAGCUAUAUCCUUUGUAUCCAAUCUUAUUUCCCCUUCAUCAAAAGGGAAAGUAUUCCACCUGGGCAUGGUCAUUAAAAGCUGAAAGCCCAAGAAACCCUUCCCCUCUGAAAUACAGGCUGCUCCAUACCAUGGUAAAGUUGAGGUUUUAUCGUGGUGCCUUUAAAUGCCCGAGGACAAGCUAGUCAUUCUCAUGAGUCCCAUGUUGCCUCCCACCCAUCCAUCAUUCCGUACUUGGUUCCCAUUAGUACUUGGUUUCCAGCAUGACGGGGCAUGUCAUUGCAAUGGCCACAUCCUUCAGACAGACCUGUUGCUCAGUGAAUGGAGCCCCCAAAAAUCAACAGUGAGCUUUAUUAAACUUAAAACAGGUUCGUUUAAAACCCAACUCCCCUUCCUGCUCUCCAUAUAUUGAGAAUUUCCUCCAUCUUCCUGCUGCAAGGUCUCUGAGGAGGAAGGGGCUAAGCAUGGCCUUGUUACAGUACCUCUCUGGAGUGAGGAGAGCAAAGAGACCCAAACUGUGUCCUUCACCUUCACUAUGGCUUUGAAAAUACAGGCCCUGAUUCUGUUCUCAUCCCCAUUUUCUUUACACAAUUGUACCUCUUUUGACUGAAGUGAAGCUACUCCUGAUUUAAACUGGUGUAAUCAAUUGCAGGAUCGGGCUCAAGGGUUCUUGUCCUCAUGUGGCCUUUCAUAACCCUCUGUUACUGCUCAUCUUCUCCUCACUGUGAACCUUGCAGGGCUCCUGGAACAUAAUUAUUUUUAUUACUUCUUUAGCUGUCAAUACAAGACUGAGUGCUAUUGUCAAAUACAUUCACAUGUCUACAGAUUAUGAUCAAAUGAAAGGAAUAUGCCAUAACACCAAUACACUAUAUUAAUACCCAAUCAAAGCAUUUGAGAAAGGCCAGGUAAUCCCAAUGGGAAAAUUGCAAUACAUCUCAAUAAUGUAUAAUCUCUUAUUUCACUUCCUUCUGCAGAUAAUAGAGAGGAAUGCAAACCCUGAAAAAUUGCUGUUGUCUUACCUGAGAAAGGGACUUCAUCUCUCAGGAACGAAAUAUGGUUGUGGAAUAGGUGGCUGUGGAGCCUGCACUGUGAUGAUAUCCACAUAUGAACCAACUUCCAAGAAGAUAAUGCAUUAUCCUGCCAACUCCUGUCUUUUACCCAUAUGCUUGCUGCACGGCUCUGCUGUCACCACUGUGGAAGGUGUUGGAAGCACAAAAACAAGGGUUCAUCCAAUUCAGGAAAGGCUGGCCAAGUGCCAUGGCUCUCAGUGUGGCUUCUGCACCCCUGGAAUGGUGAUGUCCAUGUAUGCUUUGCUGAGAAACCACCCUGACCCCUCCAUGGAGCAGAUAACUGCAGCUCUGGAUGGUAAUUUGUGCCGUUGCACUGGAUACAGACCAAUAAUAGACACCUACAAGUCUUUCGCUGGGGAAGCAGCAUGUUGUCAACUGAGAGGAACGGGGCAAUGUUGCCUGGACAAAGAAGAAGAUGUGUGCUCAUCUUCUGACAAGGGAAAUCAGAUGCAUUCUGGUCUCUGCAAUCCUGAAGAAUUCCAGCCUGUAGACCCAACCCAGGAGUUUAUCUUUCCUCCUGAACUAAUGAGAAUGGCUCAGGAACAGCAAAAAAGAACUCUAGUUUUCCAUGGGGAAAGAACAACAUGGAUUUCUCCCAGUAACCUCAGGGAACUUCUGGAGCUGAAGGCCAUGUACCCUAAAGCACCUCUCGUUGUAGGGAACACCAGUGUGGGACUUGAGAUGAAACUUGAUGGUGUUCAUCAUCCAGUUAUCAUCCAUCCCACUAGGAUUCCAGAUCUGCAUGUUGUGAGUAAUACAAACAAUGGACUAGUGAUAGGUGCUGCCUGCUCUCUGGCCCAACUCAGAGACAUCCUGAUGAAAGUAGUCCCGGAGCUUCCAGAGGAGAAGACAAAGAUUUUCCGUGCUCUCUUGCAGCAGCUGAAAACCCUAGCUGGAGAACAAAUCAGGAGUUUGGCUUCCUUAGGUGGACAUAUUGUAAGUAGAGGUUCAACUUGGGAUCUGAACCCUGUCCUAGCAGUUGGCAACUCUGUCCUCAGUCUGGUAUCAAAAGACGGAACACGACAGAUUCCUUUAAAUGAUCAGUUUCUUGCUGGAUAUGGAAAUGCAGAUCUUAAGCCAAAAGAAAUCAUAGUCUCGGUUCUCAUCCCGUACUCUAAGAAGGAUGACUUUGUGUCGGCAUUCCGACAGGCCGAGCGCCGGAAAAACGCUGCAUCAGUUGUGAAUGCUGGAAUGAGAGUCCUUUUCAAACCAAACACUGACAUCAUUAUGGACCUGAAUAUUUUAUACGGAGGCAUUGGCCCUACCACAGUCAGUGCAAGGAAAUCCUGCCAGAGGCUCAUAGGGAGGCAAUGGAAUGAGCAGAUGCUGGAUGAAGCUUGCAAACUGGUGCUUGGAGAAAUUUCUCUCUCCCCCUCAGCUCCAGGAGGGAAGGUGGAAUACAGAAGAACUCUGCUUGUCAGCUUCCUUUUCAGGUUCUACCUGGAAGUGUUGUAUGGAUUAAAUAAAAUGUACCCAGCUAAGUAUCCUGACUUAUCAAAGAAGAACUUGAGUGCCCUAGGAACAUUUCACAGUGAAGCACCCCAGGGUAUGCAAACAUACCAGGAUGUAGACCCAGCGCAGCCUCCCCAAGAUCCAGUAGGACGUCCCAUCAUGCACCAAUCCGGGGUUAAGCACGCCACUGGGGAAGCUGUUUAUUGCAAUGACAUUCGUGCUGUGGCUGAAGAGCUUUUCCUGGCUGUGGUAACCAGUCCCAGAGCCCACGCAAAGAUUGUGUAAGUAAAUAAAAGAGAUGUAAGAAAAAUGUUACAGUAUGAGGUCACUUAGAUGUUUCCCCCAUUUUUUAACAGACUUGGGUCAUACUAAUGAAGCAUGUUCAUUUUAUUGGAUUAGGGCUGGAACAGAGCAUGGUGGAAAAGGAAAUCAGGAAACAAGGGGUGGAUGAAAGUGUAAUUCAUAUGCAAAGAAGGAGUUUUAGCAGCUAAUACUUUUAAACAUGGGGUCUUAUUGUCUGGAGAAGAAAAAUGUA